UAUCGUUUUAGUAGAAACGUCCUUUAAGGAUCGAUAAUUGUGACAGUAUUAUUCCAUUAUAUCAGUUGUGACGUACGUCAAAUAAAAGGGACGUUUGUUUUAUUAUAAAGGACUGGAAAAAUAAAUUGUUUCUUAAAUAUGGAAUCAGAGGAAGGGGAAACAUAUCCGAAACAAGGAACGACAAUACGUAGUGAAAAGAAUGCAGUUAUCGACUACGAUGAAGACAGACUACAUGAGAUGACAGCAUCAUAUUCGGAAAUAUCAUUCGAUUCACAAUCAUCUCCACCCGUUUCGGAGUUAAGAUCGCUGAUCGAUUCACCAGAUAUUGAUGGAACAAAAUUUUUAGAUGGUAGCCUAGAGAAAAUGAACGGAAUUGGUAGACCAGACCAGCUAAAUUUAAGGAAUAGAGAAUCUAGUCCAAUAGAGGACGACGAUAUAGAUCCCCCAAGUUAUCACAAAGCCAUGGGAUAUUUGCAACUUGAGGGGACAGUAAUGCAAGAUGGUGAUAUGGUACUGUUUGUUGCGGAAGAUUUAGAAAACAAAAUUAAACUGUCAAGUCCUGUAACAAAAAAGGGAGAAACUCCAUCCUUUCCGGGUUCUCGCAGUUCUACUCCCUGUUUGUAUAGGCAAGCCUUAACACCUCAGGUGCCUCUCCUUGAUCAUAAUGUGUUAAAUGAAUUAGAGAUGGAAGCGAGAAAAGUGGCCACCUCUGUUGAUGCACUAACAGAAAAUUUGGCAGCCAUUUUGCAUAGUGCAUCUGCACUCACCGUAGGCUGCUUAGAAACAUAUAGGGAUGCUGUUUGUAAAACGUGCGAUGCAGUGGAUCAUAAUAUUAAAUCGAUGUAUCAGUUAAUGGCAAAAUGCGAAGAAUUAUCGAAAUCAAUGGGACCUGUAUAUAAGCUAGCAGAACAAAUUAAAGAGAUGAAAAGGAUGUUGGAGCUAUUUGAGAGUGCAAUGAAUCUGUAAUUUAUAAAUGGAAAAGAUUUUAAGCUUUUACUCUAAUAUGUUUAUGCGAUUAGAGCUCUUGUCUGUUAUAGAUCAUUUUGGAAGUUGUCUCAAUUUCGAAAUUGUUUAGUUUGAAAAAACAUAUAUUUGCUGAAAUUCAACAUUUGUUUCCUUUACACAAAUAUUAUUACGUUGAAUAUAUCGUCACAAAUGGAACGCAGGGGUAUUUAUUUGAUACAAAUAAAAGGCUAGACAAAUAUGUUUAUUUAAUUAUGAUUUCAAGUGCCAGAGGCGUCUUUGAUAACCUCCAUUAUCUACAAUUGAUACUUGAGUAACUAUGAGAAUCAACAACAUGGUCCUGACUGCCUGCCAAAUUUCUUGUGAUUUUCAAAUUAUCUUGCAUCUCAUUUUAACCUUGAUCAAAUGCCGAGGAUUCCGAAUGACACGAUUUCAUCGACAUUGUAUAAAUCAUAAAAAGACUUAAAAUCAUAUCGUAUGAUAUCCUUUCUUUGAAUAAGUGAUUUUAGAGAAAAUUACUUCUGGGAAGUGAAUGAUGCGAAUGUUUCCUAACAAUCUUUUCACUCGAUA